CCUCCUCCUUCAUCAUCACAUCGGUGUCAUUCUUUCCCUGUACUCAAGUCUCUCUCUUGUUGGCUGUGCCAUACACUCAUUUACGAACUAGACGUUCGCCCACGCUCACUAAGCACAACCUCAGUAACACUUUCACUUCAAAUCCAACCACUUUUCAACCGAAAACUCCCCCCAUCACCAUCAAGAUGCAGUUCUCAUUCACCGCCGCGGCUCUUGCCACCCUCGUCGGCUACUCUGCCGCCCACACCCUCACCAUUGACGUCUGGGUCAACGGUGCCGACCAGGGCGAUGGCCGUUCCACCGGCACUGGUACCACCAAGUACAUCCGUUCCCCCGAUAACAACAACCCCGUCAAGGACAUCACGAGCGACGCCAUUGUCUGCAACGUCAACGGUGCCAAGGCCCAGACUGGCUUCGUCAAGGCCGCUGCCGGUGACGAGUUCAAGUUCGAGUGGUACCACAACAGCCGUGGUGACGACAUCAUCGACCUCUCCCACAAGGGUCCCAUCAGCACCUGGAUCGCCCCCUACACCGAGGGCAGCGGUGCCGAGGCCAUCUGGACCAAGAUCCAGGAGUCUACCUACGAGGGUGGCAAGUGGGCUGUUGAGACUCUUGUUGCCAACAAGGGUAUGUCUCCCUCGGUCACCAUUCCUUCUACCCUGAAGGCUGGCAAGUACCUCGUCCGCCAGGAGAUCAUUGCCCACCACGAGUCCGACACCACCUACGAUGUCAACCCUGCCCGCGGUGCUCAGUUCUACCCCGCCUGCGCUCAGUUCGAGAUCACUGGUACCGGCUCCGAUGUUCCUCCCCAGAACUUCGACUUCACCACCGGCUACAAGUACACCGACGCCGGCAUCCACUUCAACCUCUACAGCGCCGAUGCCUCCACCUACAAGGCUCCCGGCCCUGAGGUCUGGACCGGCGGCUCCGGCUCCGGCUCUGGCUCUUCCCCCGCCUCCUCUGCCGCUCCCGCUGCUUCUUCCACCGCCGCCGCCGCUGCCACUUCCGCUGCUGCCACCACCACUGCUGCUCCCAUCGCCACCUCCGCCGCUGCUGCCAAGCCUACCACUCUCUCCACCGCUGUCAGCUCUGCUGCCCCCGUUGCCAGCUCCAGCUCCGCUGCUGCUCCCGUCGCUACUCCUACCAAGGCCCCCAGCGCCGGCUGCAAGCGCCGCCGCUCCCGCAAGGCCCGCCGCUCUGCUCACUAAACUAGUGUUGCGCAACGAGCCAUGGAGAGGAGGGGAUAGAGUUGUAAGACUAAGCGGUCAUAGAUGGUCCUUUCAAUCAUGAUGGUCUCACGAGUCUCAAGUUGGAGUUCUUUUUUAUCAUAGACACCAGAUGUGCAAUCCAGGCUUACUGUGUCAUGCCCGGUGCACGGUUCUAGAGGCACGAGUUUCUGUCUUUUGGAACUCGACCUCACUUCUGCAUUCCUGUACAUAGUACCUUGAAUAGCAUUAAGCCUGCAUAUACCAAAAUUUCAGCGUUCUAAUACUAAGUGACUUCCCUAG